AGACACAUUUAGAAAUAUAUUUAUUAGCAAAAGAAUUUAAUCAACUCAAAACCUUCUAUCAAACAAAUAAUGAUUAUGAGUUAGAAUUGAAGGAAACAUUCGAGACAAAAGAAUCUUUUGAAAAUAUGGAAAUUAGAAAAAUACAAGACGAUAAAGAAAUGCAGCAAUUUGAUAAUCAAAUUCUUACCCCAUUUCAAAUCAAAAAAUUUCAAAGAAUAUUUGCUCAACAUACUAUUAAUGAAAGUAAUAAAGAGCAAAAAAUUAAUGAAGAACUAACAAUUCUUCUAGAUCAGCAGGAAAAGGAGGCUUUUUUUUUAAAACUUCGAAUGCUUCAUGUAAUGGCCCGUUCAAAAGAUACUUUGCAUGGUAAAGUAAAACAAUAUUUAACAGUUAAAUAUACUUUAAAUAAUAACGGAAUUUGCGAAAAAGCUUUUCAAACUAUAUACUCAUUGUCAGAUAAAAAUUGGAGAAGCAUUCGUAAUCAUUAUCAAGUUAAUGAAAUUGAACUCGAGUAG